AUGGAGGAGAACCAGACUUCAGUGAAGGAGUUCAUCAUCGUGGGAUUCCCUAACCUCAGUCAAUUUAAAAUUCUUGUGUUUCUCAUUCUUCUGGUAAUCUAUGGACUGACGCUCAUGGGCAAUGCAGUCAUCAUAGCCUUAGUGUGGGAGGAUUAUCGCCUACAUUCCCCCAUGUACUGGUUGCUCUGCAAUUUGUCCUUUUCAGGAUUUUGGUUUACCACUGUCAUUCUCCCCAAAACCAUGCACAAUCUUGUGUCAGACAACCACAUGAUUUCCUUGUCUGGCUGCAUCACUCAAACUUAUUUCUAUUUCUUCCUGGGCACGUCUGAGUACAUCCUAGUGGCUGUGAUGUCCUUUGAUAGAUACAUUGCCAUUUGCAAGCCGUUGCAUUACCCCAUCAUCAUGAGUGGACAGCUGACGCUGCAGUUGCUUAUUUGUACUUGGAUGGGAGCAUUUAUAUCAGUUCUCUGUCCAGUCAUCCUUCUCUCCCAGUUUCCAUUCUGUGGGCCCAAUGUCAUCAACCAUUUCUUCUGUGACAUAAAUCCUCUGUUGAAGCUGGCUUGUCUGGACACCAGUCUGAUUGAAAGGGUCAUCUCCAUAACUUCAGCCAUUGUAGUGCUUAGCUCACUGUUCCUAACAACAGUAUCCUACUUGUAUAUCAUCCACACUAUCCUGCAUAUCCCAUCUGCCAUAGGACGCCAGAAGGCAUUCUCCACCUGUGCAGCCCACAUCACCGUUGCUUCCAUCUUCUACAGCUGCUCCAUAUUUAUGUACGUCCUGCCCCAAAAGUUGCACUCCUCAGAGUUUUACAAAUCUGUGUCCUUCCUUCACACUGUCAUCACUCCUUUGCUCAACCCUUUCAUAUACACACUGAGGAAUGAGAAAGUCCGGCUUGUUUUUAAGGAGACUGUUAGGCGGAGAAUCUGA